UCUAUUGUGAGCGGGCAGCAGCUCCCUCUGCAGGGGGCCCGGCCGCUCCUGAAAGGGACGUCCCGAACUGUGAGUUGCUCUCAUCAACAACUUUCCGAGGAUCAGACCUCAAACUUCUGCCCGCUGCUCUGCUCUCUGUUGUCCAGCUCUCUACUUUGUUACAGAGGACUCUGCAUGUAUUUAGAGAUCACCUGUCAAGAUGAGACUGACGUUUGGGACGCUGCCCAUCAAGGAGAACUCUUGUGCCUCUCUGUCUGGUGUCACUGUUGCUCUGUGUCUCCUCACCCUCCUCCUGAUGGCCCUCAGGGGCCGAAAGAGCCACCACCACUUCUCCCGAUUGGACCACACAAAAUAUCCCCCUCCUCCUGGCCCCACGCCGUGGCCCCUUGUCGGCAAUCUGCUCCAGAUGGGGGACCAGAUCCAUCUUUCUCUAACACGCUUGAGGCUCCAGUAUGGUGAUGUCUUCAAGAUGCGUCUGGGCUCUUUGACUGUUGUUGUCCUGAGUGGAUACUCCACCAUCAGACAGGCGCUCGUGCGGCAGGGAGAAGCUUUUGCUGGGCGACCUGACCUAUUCACCUUUUCUGCCGUAGCCAACGGGACCAGUAUGACCUUCAGUGAGAAGUACGGACCAGCCUGGAUGCUCCAUAAGAAGCUGUGUAAGAACGCCCUCAGGUCUUUCUCCCAGGCUGAGCCCAGGGGCUCUGGGGCCACCUGCCUGCUGGAGGAGCACGUCUGUGCUGAGGCAGCUGAGAUGGUGGAGGUGAUUCGGGAACUGGCUAAAGGGGAAACAGGCCAUAUAGAUCCUGUGAUGCCCCUGGUAACCUCAGUGGCAAAUGUUGUCUGUGCCCUGUGUUUUGGGAAAAGGUAUGACUACAACGACAAGGAGUUCCUCACUAUUGUUCACAUCAACAACGAGGUCCUGAGGAUCUUUGCAGCAGGGAACCUGGCUGAUUUUUUCCCCGUUUUCCGCUACUUUCCGAGUCCAUCUCUGAGGAAGAUGGUCCAGCACAUCAGGAGGAUGAACGGCUUCAUGGAGAGGAGCAUUGAGGAACACAUCAACACCUUUGAUAAGAACUGUAUCCGGGACAUUACAGACGCUCUGAUUGCACUUUGUGAGGACAGAGAAGAAAGUAAGGACUCGUCUGUGCUCUCCAACUCUCAGAUCAUUCAUACCGUCAUCGACAUCUUCGGAGCAGGAUUUGACACCAUCAUUGCUGGAUUACAGUGGAGCCUGUUGUACCUGAUCAAGUUUCCAGACAUCCAGGACAAAAUACAUCAGGAGAUAGAUGACCACAUUGGUACAGCCAGACUGCCCAGGUUUUCGGAUAAACCUAAGAUGCCUUUUACGGAGGCGUUCAUAUAUGAAGUGUUUCGCCAUGCUUCAUAUGUCCCUUUUACAAUUCCUCACUGUACCACCAGAAACAUCACCCUGAAUGGAUAUUUUAUUCCCAAAGACACAUGCGUCUUCAUUAAUCAGUAUCAAGUCAAUCAUGAUGUUCAUCUCUGGGGUGACCCAGACGCAUUUCGCCCUGAACGCUUCCUCGGUUCCUCAGGACUCCUCAACAAGGAGCUGACGGAGAAGGUUCUCAUCUUUGGCAUGGGGAAGAGACGCUGUCUCGGUGAUGGAUUUGCACGUUUGGAGAUGUUCAUCUUUCUCACCACGCUGCUCCACGGGCUGCGGAUUGAAAAUGUGCCGGGGCAGGAGCUGGAUCUCAGCACCGAUUUCGGUCUGACUAUGAAACCACGUCCGUACCGGAUUACCAUCUCCUCGAGGUUUUAGGCCAAAUGAUGCUCUGUGUGGAAUAUCACAAGACAAAUUAUAAUUAUUAUUAUUAUUAUUGGCCACCUUAAUUGGCUAACCCUGAAGGGAUAGUUUGGGU